AAGGCUGGGGCAGGUGUUGCUUCUAUCCUUUGUCCUGUGUCUGAGGCGUUUGUGGGAGCGUCAGUGUGUUCCAGUGACUGAGACAGAGACGAAGGCAGGCCAGCAGCCAUGGAUGAUGUAUACAAAGCAGCGGUUGAGAACUUAACAGAAGAGCAGAAAAAUGAGUUUAAGGCAGCCUUUGACAUUGCAUGUCAGGGUGCAGAGGACGGCUGCAUCAGCACCAAGGAGUUGGGGAAAGUGAUGAGAAUGCUGGGGCAGAACCCCACCCCAGAGGAGCUGCAGGAGAUGAUAGAUGAGGUGGAUGAGGAUGGCAGCGGGACAGUAGACUUUGAUGAGUUCCUGGUGAUGAUGGUGCGCUGCAUGAAGGAGGAGAGCAAAGGAAAAUCAGAGGAAGAGUUGGCUGAACUUUUCCGCAUGUUCGACAAAAACGGAGAUGGCUACAUUGAUUUGGAGGAGCUGAAAACCAUGCUGGAGUCAACUGGAGAGGCCAUCACUGAGGAUGACAUCGAAGAGCUCAUGAAGGAUGGAGACAAAAAUAAUGACGGAAAAAUUGAUUAUGAUGAGUUCCUGGAAUUCAUGAAGGGGGUUGAGUAAAGGACUCCAAAGAUUCAUGGACUCUCAGCCCGGGAAAAUACUCAUACCUCCUCUUAGCUCUGACCGUCACAUUAUUGCCUGAAUACGUUGGACAACACUGAAAUAAAAACCUCUUUCUGCUUGGCUCCAUCUACCACUAAA